AUGGCAUCCCACACCUCCCAGCCGCAGACGACUUUGGACGAGACCAAAAUGGCUUCCGAAAUAGAGAUGACCAAACCCUCCCUGGAGGAAGGCCAGCACCGAGACGUGAAUGAGCAAGUCUCCUUCACCCCUGACCCUCGCUUUGAGCGCAAGCUCAUCCGCAAGCUGGACCUCCUCACUGUCCCAGUGAUGAUCUUGAUCUAUUUCCUCUCGUUUCUGGACCGUACCAAUAUAGGCAAUGCGAGGCUGCAAGGUCUUCAGGAAGAGCUGGGUCUCACAGACCGUACCUACCGCAUCGCCCUCACCGUGCUGUACGUCCCUUAUAUCCUUCUGGAAAUCCCCAGCAACUUGGUCCUUAAGAAGAUCGGGCCGCACAUUUUCUUGCCGACCCUGAUGACCAUCUGGGGCAUCGUCGCCACGCUGCAGGUUAGGAGGUCAUUCCAAGAUCUGAUGGUGCAAAUGCUGAUCGUGAACCAGGGCAUCGUCAAGUCCACUGCAGGGCUGUAUGUGAACCGAUUCUUUCUAGGCGCGGUCGAAGCUGGAAUCGUCCCGGCCAUCAUCCUUUAUCUGUCCAUGUGGUACAAGCGUGGCGAGCUGCAGACUCGGAUCGGGCUCUUCUGGGGUGCUGCCUCGCUUUCCGGUGCCAUUGGAGGUCUCCUGGCCGCGGCGAUCAGCAAUUUGGACGGCCACGCCUCGCUCAGGGGGUGGAGUUGGAUCUUUAUCAUCGAAGUGACCAAGGGUCUGACGCUCAAACUGCCUUUUCGCUUCCAUGUAGGCAUCUUUACCGUCGUCUGUGGUUUCGCAUCAUUCUUCCUCAUCGCCAAAGCCCCAGAAACCACUCGGUUCCUAUCGGAACAGGAACGAGAAUACGCAGUUGCACGACUCAGGCACGAUGCCAUGCAUGCCAACCAAGUCACCAUCGACGGCGUCACACACCACUUGGUCGUCGACAACAGCUUCUCGUGGAAGGCUGUCUAUUCGGUCUUCGUCGACCCCCAGAUGUACGGCCUGGCCGUGGUGGCCUUCAGCAGCGGAACUUUGGUCUUUAGCCAGGCAUACUUUCUUCCGACCGUCAUAUCUGACAUGAAGAGCAUUGCGACGACCCCUGUGAUCGCACAGCUCUUGACCGUCCCGCCGUACACGGUUGGGGUCAUCACCACGCUCAUCGGCUGCCAUUACUCGGACAAAUACCACUUCCGCUACCCUUCCCUGGCCAUCCCCACGCUGGUUGCAAUCAUCGGCGUCGCCAUCAUAUACGCCACCGAAGGCGUCGGGGUCCGAUAUUUCGGCAUCCACCUGACGGUCGCCGGCAUCUACAGUUCUGUCCCCGUCUACCUUUCCUGGGGCUCGAACAAUUUCUCGGGCCAUUACCGGCGCGCAACGGGCGUGGCUGCCAUCUUUGUCUUCACCAACUCCGGCGGCAUUCUCUCGACCUGGCUGUUCCGCGCGUCUGAGGCUCCUAGCUUUCAAACGGCAUACAUCAUCAACCUGGCGCUUCUGUGCGUGCUGCUGGUCUCGGGUACGGGUCUCUCACUGUAUUAUCUGCGCCAGAACAAGAUUCGGGACGGGUUCGUCCGAAGUGGUAGAUUUGAAGAGUACGGGAUGGACAAGGACGGUGACCAACAUCUGUUUUUCCGAUAUGUUCGUUGA